AUGGCUACCCCUAGUGUCCUAGCUUUUGACGCUGAGGGUCGCGCCAUUGAUUUUGAGGUCUGGUUAGACGACCUGCAGCUGUUCUUACAGUGCGACAGGGCUGACGACCUUUCUCUCUUUGAUCUCACCUCUGGCGCCUCUCCUGCUCCUGCUGCUGAUGCUGAUCCCGCUGUCCGCUCUAAGUGGGCCACCCACGAUGCUGCUGCACGUCUUGCUGUGCGUCGCCACCUCCCUACCUCUGAGCGUGCGCACUUUAGUCAGUACAAGAGUGCUCAGACCUUGUACGACGCUGUAGUUGCGCGCUACUCCUCCCCUGCCACUGCUGCACUGAGCCUGACACUCGCUACCGCGCCGCCCUUCCUGCUGAGUUCUGCGCUAAAACCCCCCCCCCCCAUGUACAUCGCUCUCUACUACGUAGUCGCGCGCCUCCCUGACUCCCUUCGCGUCGUCAGGGACCACUUUCUCGCAGUCUGUCCCACCACCCUCACCGUCGACCUCCUCGAGAAGGCCCUCCUUGCAGCGGAGAAGAGCAUAGUCGCUGUAGGUGCUUCUCGUGGUGACCCUCGCACCCCCAUCUUUGAGGGGUGCUCUCCUUCCCCCUUGCUGCCCUCUGUUGCCUCUGCUGCUGCUGCCGACCUGCUUGGUCUUGAGUCGGUCGGCGCGGCGUCUGCCCCUAGUGGGAGACGUCGCUCCAGCAAGGGCAAGGGGGGCAAGGGCGCGGGUGGAGCUGGAGGGGGCGGUGGCGGUGGCGGCGGUGGCGGCGGAGGGAGUGGGGGUGGCGGCGGGACUAGUGGCGGGGGUGGUGGUGGUGGUGGUGGCAGCAGCAGCGGCGGAGACGGUGGUGGUGGUGCCAGCGGUGGUGGUGGAGGCAGCGGCGGAGGUGGAGGCGGCGGAGGUGGAGGCGGUGGAGGCGGCAGCGGAGGAGGCAGUAGUGGUGGAGGAGGUGGAGCUGGUCGGGGUGGUACCCAGCAGCGUAGCGGCGGUGGUGGUGGCCAGCGCUCGCACCGGCAGCAGCAGCAGCGCUCGCGGGACAUCCCUUCGCCUCAGCAGCUUCGUGAGUGGUACGCUGGGCGUCAGAGGGGUGGGGGUAAUGGUCCCUGCACCUACGUUCUUCGUUCCGGCGACCGCGCGGGUGAGCAGUGUGGGGGUGCCCACGCCACCCAGCGCUGCUUUGGCCGCCUGACGGACGCCUGGCGUCAGCAGUUCCCUGGGGCUAGUGAGAUCCCUCGCUGGGAUGAGCUUCUCAGGGCUGGUGUAGCGAUCUUUGAUCUUGAUUUUGAUGCUAUCCUUACUGCUAUGUAUGUUGUGGAUUAUAGUGAGGAGAAUGAGGGUUACCGUUGUUUCCAGCCCGACCCGGGCAUUGGUACUGCUGCGCUAGGUGCUUGUGAGGCUGCUGCUCUAGGUGCCAGUGCGUCUGCGCUCUCAGGUACUAGUGAGACUGCGCUCUCAGGUACUGCGUCGUCCUCGUCCUCCCUCACUUUCACACUUGACUCCGGAGCUUCUCGCUCUUUCUUUCGAGACCGCACUACCCUAUCGCCGCUCGGCCGGCCGGUUGCAGUCUCCCUUGCUGACCCCUCUGGAGGUCCUGUCCUGUCUCACUUCUCCACUGUCCUCCCGUGUCCGGCUGCCCCUUCGGGCACCCUGUCGGGUCUGUACCUUCCCUCGUUCUCCACGAACUUGGUGAGUGGAGCGGACCUGCAGGAUGGGGGUGUUCACCAGUUCACUCCUGCGAGUCAGCGGGUGACCCACUGCACGGAGGCACGCACAGGCCGACACCUGGCCACGUUCUCGCGUCGGCCGGGGUCGAGUCUCUACACCCUGACCGUUGAGUCUCCUCCUGUCCCUGCGUCUGGUCAGGUGGCUGCGUCGGGUCAGGUACUUGCUGCUGCGUCCCGGUCAGGUCCUGAGUCUGCCCCCUGUUCUUGUCGCCUCCUGUCUCACGAGACUCUCCUGUGGCACCACCGUCUUGGCCACCCCUCCUUGCCCCGUCUUCGGAGCAUGGCUUCCCGUGUCCUUGUCUCUGGUCUUCCCCAGUCUCUCCCUCCUCUCCCCUCCGGGCCAGGACCUUCCUGUGUCCCCUGUGUCGAGGGUCGCCUCCGGGCUACUCCUCACUCCUCCCACUUCCCCCCGACAGAGGCUCCCCUGCAGACGCUUCACAUGGAUGUGUGGGGCCCAGCCCCCGUCCGUGGGCAGGGUUACGAGCGCUACUUCCUGUUGGUGGUUGACGACUACUCGCGUUACACCACAGUCCUCCCCUUGCGCAGCAAGGGCGGAGAGUUCUCUUCUCGCCUUCUGCGAGACUACUGUCGCGCACGGGGGAUCCGCCAGACCUUCACGCUUCCGGACUCACCACAGCAAAAUGGGAUUGCUGAGCGCCGCAUUGGCAUGGUCAUGGAUGUCGCUCGUACGUCCAUGAUGCAUGCGGCUGCCCCCCAUUUUCUGUGGCCGUUUGCGGUGAGGUACGCGGCGCAUCAGCUCAACCUUCACCCCCGGGUCUCUCGGCCUGCGAUGUCCCAAGCCUUGCUGUGGACAGGGAAGGUUGGCGAUGCGUCUGUGUUCCGUGUCUGGGGAUCUCGGGCGUUUGUCCGCGACUUGUCUGCGGACAAGCUGUCCCCUCGUGCUGCUCCCUGUGUCUUCCUUGGCUUCCCCACUGACGCCCCAGGGUGGCAGUUUUACCACCCCUCCUCUCGUCGUGUUCUGUCCUCCCAGGACGUCACGUUCGACGAGUCAGUCCCCUUCUACCGUCUCUUCCCCUACCGCACUCCUUCCCUCCCCCCUCCCCCGGACUUCCUUGUGCCGGUUCCCCCCCCGGUAGACCCCCUCCCCCCUCAGGUUCCUGCCCCCUCAGGUGUGUCCCAGGUAGACGCCGUUGACCCGGUCGAGGUUACUGGUGACUCUGGUGCUGCUGCGGGUGCUGAGCCUGGGGGUGCUGACUCUGGGGGUGCUGUGCGCGGGGGUGCUGAGCCUGGGGGUACUACUGCUGGGGGUGCUGGGCCUGAGGGUGCUACUGCGGAGGGUGCGGAGCCUGGGGGUGCUGAGCCUGGGGGUGCUGUGCCUGGAGGUGCUGGGUCUGGGGGUGCUGGGUCGGGAGCUGCUGAGCCUGGGGGUGCUGAGCUGAGAGCUGCUGAGCCUGGGGGUGCUGCGUCUGGAGCUACUGAGCCUGGGGUUUCUCCUGCUGCUGCGUCUCGCCGGGAGCCCCUCUCUCCACAGGAACUGCGCGAGUGGUUCGCUCGCCGCUGGAGGCGUGCUGCUGAGUCUGGAGGUGCUGCUGGAGCUGGAGCUGGAGCUUCUUCGACCGUUGAGGGUGCGGGUGCUGCCGGUCCCGGAGCUGCUGGACCUACUGGUCCUCCUGGAGCUGGAGCUGCUGAGGGCGUUGGUGCUGAGCCUUCUGCUGUUGGUCCUGCCGCUGGAGGUGUGGGUGGCGCUGGUGCUGUCGCAGAGGGUGCUGGUGCUGUCCCUGCUGAGUCUGGAGCUGCCGCGCGGCCUCGGCCGUACUUCGUUCCGCUCCUGCAGCAGGUUCUUGGUCUUUCUCCUCCAGUAGAGGGUCCACCGCCUGUCCAGUCGCAGUCCCUACUGGAGCCUUCCUCUCCACUGCCUGCUCCCUCUCCUUACACUGGUCCUACUGGAGGUCUUGCUGAGCGUCGUGAGCGUGCGUCUCGUCCCGCGUCGCCUGUUCGUGCUGCUCGCGCUAGUGGUCGCAGUUCGCGUCAGCGUCCUCCUCCUGUCCCUGGCACGCACCGGAUGUCUUUGCGUCCGUCCACUGCUCCUCUGCGUGCCCCUUUGCCUUCUCCUCCUGAGUCCUCUCUUCCUGCGCUUGCCGACCCUGAGUCGGACUCUCUUCGUGCUGCCAGUCCUACUGUCAUGCGUCUGCUUGCUACUGUCGUCACUGACCCCUCUUUUGAGUCCACUGCUGCGUCUGCUCUAGUCGCUGAUCUCGUCGACUUUGCUGCUCGCUGUCGUCUCGACUACGCUGCUAGUCUUGUUGCUGAGUCUGCGUCUGUCUGUCCUCCGUCCGUCGGGGGUGAGUGUGCUCUAAGCACGGACGUCCUAGAGGACAGGCAGGAGGAGUUACAGUGUCUAGCGGCUGCUUCACCUCAUCUCGCGUCUGUACUGCUUGCCCCUGAGGGAGACCCGGAUGCACUAGACAUCCCGACUCCGCGUUCUUACGCGGAGGCCGUAGAGGGUCCCUACUCCUCUCAGUGGCAGGCAGCUAUGGAUGCAGAGAUGGCUUCCUGGAAGUCCACAGGCACCUACGUUGACGCGGUUCCCCCUCCUGGGGCGAACAUCGUCAGUGGCAUGUGGAUCUUCAGGGUGAAGCGGCCGCCGGGCUCUCCACCUGUCUUCAAGGCACGGUACGUUGCUCGUGGCUUCAGUCAGCGGCAGGGAGUUGACUACUUUCAGACCUUCUCUCCCACCCCGAAGAUGACUACUCUUCGGGUGCUGCUGCACAUAGCCGCUCAGCGCGACUACGAGCUUCACUCUCUCGACUUCAGCACUGCGUUCUUGCAGGGUAGCCUGCACGAGGAGAUCUGGCUUCGCCGUCCACCUGGCUUCACUGGGACUUUCCCUCCUGGCACCCAGUGGAGCCUCCGACGGCCAGUCUACGGUCUCCGUCAGGCACCGCGUGAGUGGCACGACACACUGAGGACUACGCUUGCGGCUCUUGGGUUUGCUCCUUCUACUGCUGACCCGUCGCUGUUUCUUCGCACCGACACUUCCCUGCCGCCGUUCUACAUCCUCGUGUACGUCGACGACUUGGUCUUUGCCACAGCGGACACUGCUGGACUCGCCUACGUGAAGUCCGAGCUGCUGAAGAGACACACGUGCACACACCUGGGUGAACUGCGCAGCUACCUUGGCUUGCAGAGACACCAUUACUCCUCAGAGUACGCCGCACCAUUACCUUGA